GCUACUGCAGGCCCGCAGCCGCUGGGCCGUAAUCGGCUGAGAGCAAAUCGCGGAGUAACCGACCCCAAUGUUUCCUCGGCCUUUGCUCCGUUCCACGAAGCAUAACGGCGGCAGCCCGGAAACAGAACAACAAGGUCACGUUGCAAGCAGCUCCAAUCCACCUGGCGCUUUUCCGGCUCCUCCCCCCAUUAACCCGAGCUUAAAAUAAAUAAAGGAGGGCGGAACGGCCCCUCGCACGACUUCGGCACGCCCCUACGCAGCGGCAGCGCCCCGGGCCAGCAGCCCGCCUCCCGCGGCCCUUCUCUCCGCCCACCCGCUGCGGACGGGGUCGCCGCCGGCUCCGCGCCGCGCCGCCGACAUGAAUUAUUCUCGGUUUCUCACAAGCGUGAGCGCAGCAAGAAAAGCAUCUCCAAUAAGAGUUCUGACUGAAUUGAUGCAAAAGUCUCCUCCGUCUCUCAUCUCUCUGGCUGGAGGGGCACCAAACCCUGCUGUUUUUCCAUUUAAGAAGGCUACUAUUGCCACUGGACAUGGAAAUGCUGUUGAGAUUGGGGAAGACUUAAUGAAGAGGGCUCUUCAAUACUCUGCCUCAGCAGGGAUUCCAGAACUGCUGUCAUGGCUGAAGAAUUUUCAGAGGAAUCUACACAAUCCCCCCACAGCCAACUACAGUCCUGAGCGAGGACAAAUGGAAGUGUGUGUCACAACUGGCAGCCAGGAAGGCUUAUGCAAAGUGUUUGAAAUGCUCAUUAAUCCUGGGGACAGCAUCCUUUUGGAUGCCCCCACAUAUUCUGGGACACUAGCAGCUCUGAGACCUUUGGGCUGUAACAUCAUUAACGUUCCUAGUGACCAACAUGGCAUUAUUCCAAAAGCUCUAAAAGAAAUUCUGUCAUCUUGGAAUCCAGAAGAUACAAAAAACCACAGCCCCCCUCUCCCCAAAUUCCUGUACACGAUUCCAAAUGGCUGCAACCCAACUGGAAACUCUCUGACUGCGGAUCGCAAGAAGGAGAUUUAUCAGCUUGCAAGAAAAUAUGAUUUCCUUAUCAUAGAAGAUGAUCCUUACUACUUUCUUCAGUUUGAAAAGCCAUGGGCUCCAAGUUUCCUCUCAAUGGAUGUGGAUGGCAGAGUCAUCAGGACUGACUCAUUCUCUAAAGUUCUCUCAUCUGGGUUGAGAGUUGGUUUUCUGACAGGUCCCAAGCCUCUUAUCGACAGAGUUAUUCUACACAUUCAGGUUUCUACAAUGCACACCAGCACUUUCACACAGAUGAUAAUAUCACAGCUUCUUCAGCAGUGGGGAGAAAAGGGUUUCUUGGAGCACACAGACAGAGUUGUGGAGUUCUACAGGACCCAGCGGGAAGCAAUGCUCAUUGCUGCUGAUAAAUGGUUAAAAGGCUUGGCAGAAUGGCAUCCUCCUGCUGCUGGCAUGUUCCUAUGGAUCAAAAUUAAGGGAGUUUCUGAUACACACCAGCUGAUCAUGGAAAAAGCUUUGCAAAAAGAAGUGUUACUGGUUCCUGGAGGAGUGUUCAACAUUGAUAGUUCAGAGCCCAGUCCUUAUGUCAGAGCUUCUUUCUCUCUGCCUUCUCCAGCCCAGAUGGAUCUGGCUUUCCAGAGACUGGCUGAUCUUAUAAAAGAAGCUGUAUGGAAAAAAUGAGUAGAGCUCAUACAGCUAUCAAAAUCAUCUCAAGAAAAUAUAUGUUAACAUCGGGAUUUUGAUGAACACUUUAAAAACAAGUGCAGUACCAUGGAUGUUUCCAUUGAUUCAGCUAAAAAAAAAAAAAGCAAAACAAUUUGCAAUUGUGAAAAACAAUUUGCUGAUUUUUUUUUUCUCAGUACAUUGCAUUGCCAAAUUUAUUCUAAUCCAAAAACGUUUAAUAUACUUAAAAUCAAAAUGUUCUGCCUCCUGUCAAAUCCAUAGUAUUGUUAGAGCUUGAUUUUGGCCUUUUGCUUUC